CGAUAUAUGGACGCGCGUGCCCUAAGUUGCCUAUCGACCGAAGUACAGAACUAUCUAACCAGCGCCCGUCUGACAUGGUGCCCAUAUAACUGAAAUCCAAAAUCGUUCUGUGUUGUAAUUUAAGAAAAAACGGGCAUCAAGUUUAAAAAGUGACAAUGGCCAUGUCAAAUCUUUAUUCGAAAAUAUCAACGAAGCCGAUGAAACGCUUCCAAGACAACGUCACAGUUAAACAGACUAAUCCAUGGUUAAAUGCGGAAUCACUGAUUCCUGUAUCAGAUUCACCACCUACUGUAAGCCCAUUAUCUUCUUCCAUUGUAUUACAACGUGAAGGGACAAUAAACCAACCAUUAAGUGCACCUGCAUCACCAUUAUCUUCCUUAUCAUCUCCAUUAGCACAAUUAAAUUUAUCAUCACCUGAAGACUGUACACAAGAUCCUAAUUGGCAAGCAACAAAACCUACAGUUCGUGAACGAAAUGCUGCCAUGUUUAACAAUCAUUUGAUGGCUGAUAUUAUAUUUAUUGUUGGUAGUCCAGGUCAUACACAAACUAUACCAGCACAUAAGUAUGUUUUAGCUACUGGUAGUUCUGUAUUUUAUGCUAUGUUUUAUGGUGGAUUAGCAGAGAACAAAAGAGAUAUAGAAGUACCAGAUGUUGAACCUGCUGCUUUUCUUGCUCUAUUAAGGUAUAUGUAUUGUGAUGAAGUACAAUUAGAAGCUGAUACAGUAUUAGCAACACUUUAUGUUGCUAAAAAAUAUAUAGUCCCUCAUUUAGCAAGAGCAUGUGUUAAUUAUUUAGAAACAAGUUUAACAGCAAAAAAUGCAUGUUUACUUUUAAGUCAAUCUCGUUUGUUUGAAGAACCAGAUCUUAUGCAACGUUGCUGGGAAGUUAUAGAUGCUCAAGCAGAAAUGGCACUAAGGUCAGAUGGCUUUGUGGAUAUUGAUAUUCAUACUCUUGAAUCAGUGCUUUCUCGAGAAACACUAAACUGUAAGGAAAUACAUGUUUGGGAUGCUGCAUUAAGAUGGGCUACUGCAGAAUGUAUACGACAAGAACUUGAACCUUCAUCAGCAAAUCAAAGACGUCUAUUGGGAUCUGCUUUAUAUUUAAUUAGACUUCCUGCUAUGAAUUUAGAAGAAUUUGCUAAUAGUGCUGCUCAAACUGGAAUUUUAACACAACAAGAAACAAUUGAUGUCUUCUUACAUUUUACUGCUAGUAAUAAACCUCAACUUUGUUUUCCUAUUAAACCUCGACAAGGUUUAAAAACUCAAGUAUGUCAUAGGUUUCAGUCAUGUGCAUAUAGAUCAAAUCAAUGGCGUUAUAGAGGCAGAUGUGAUUCAAUCCAAUUUAGCGUUGACAAAAGGAUAUUUGUUGUUGGUUUUGGAUUAUAUGGAAGUUCAUCUGGUGCUGCAGAUUAUAAUGUUCGCAUUGAACUUAAAAGAUUAGGAUGUGUUUUAUCUGAAAAUAGUACGAAAUUUUUUUCUGAUGGUUCGAGUAGUACUUUUCAUGUAUACUUUGAGAAUCCAAUUCAAAUCGAACCAGAAUGCUUUUAUACAGCUAGUGUAAUAUUAGAUGGAGGAGAAUUGAGUUAUUUUGGUCAAGAAGGCAUGUCAGAAAUAACAGUUGGUAAUGUAAACUUUCAAUUUCAAUGCAGUUCAGAAAGUACGAAUGGUACUGGUGUACAGGGCGGACAAAUACCCGAAUUAAUUUUUUAUGGACCACCAGUAGAUGAUUGAUGGAAAUUUAUUACAGAAAUAAUGGUUUAA